GACACGCACAACAACUCUCCGUUAUAAAUCAAUAUUUAGGGUGUUUGAUAACAGUUGUUGAUCACUUUUAAAGUCUUACUUGUCCGAGUUGAAGGUCCCGGAAGCGGAGGGAGGAGUUGGGAGGAGUGGAUCCUGCGACAGAACAACUUUUUUUCCCCCAGCUGUGCAGCAGCUGCAUGUUCUGUAACUCCAGCCUCGAUCCACAGCCCACACCUCCAUCUGGCAAACCGCCAAACACAGAUAACACCGAGCUGCAGCGCUCUAACAACACGUUUCCCUGUUUCCUCUCACUUCACCUGGGACUCGACAGACCAGAUCCACCGGCGAUUCGGAGAGAGGAUGUCUCUGUCCGGCUGGGUGUGUUUGGUGACCGGGGCCUCCAGGGGCAUCGGCAGGGGGAUCGCCCUGCAGCUGUCUGAGGCCGGAGCCACCGUCUACAUCACGGGACGAAAGGAGAACACUCUGAAGGAAACAGCUGAACAGGUGAAGGAAAGGGGUGGCGACUGUGUGCCAGUCAUCUGUGACUCUACAAAAGAUGAAGACAUUGAAGAGCUGUUCGAGCAGAUCAAGCGUGAGCAGAAUGGCAGACUGGAUCUUCUGGUGAACAACGCCUACGCUGGCAUACAGGAUAUCUUUGAGAACAUUGGCAAGAAGUUCUGGGAAACUGAUCCGUCUAUUUGGGACUCAAUCAACAACGCAGGUCUGAGGGGUCACUACUUUUUCUCAGUUUAUGCGUCCCGCAUGAUGGUGGCUCAGGGCCGAGGUUUGAUCGUGACCAUUUCGUCUUUCGGAGGUCUGCAGUAUCUUUUCAGUGUCCCAUACGGUGUUGGAAAAGCCGCAUGUGACAGGCUGGCAGUAGACAUGGCCGUUGAGCUCAGGAGCAGGGGAGUGGCCUCAGUCAGCGUGUGGCCCGGAGCCGUCCGAACAGAACUGCUUUGUGGGUUCACAGGGAUCGACGUCCUGCCAGGCAUAGAUACAAAUCUCCAGGAUGUCAUGGCCAAUGCAGAAACCACGGAACUGAGUGGGAGGUGCAUCGUCAACCUGGCGAAAGAUAAAAAUCUGAUGUCAAUGACUGGGAAAGUCCUGAUGACCUGUGACCUGGCGAGGCGCUACGGGAUACAAGAUGUUGAUGGGAGGAGUGUAAUUGACUACACGUCCCUAAAGUUCAUCGUGAGUAAGAUCCCGUAUCUGUCCUGGCUCUCGGCGGUCGUCCCCUCGUUCAUUCGAAUGCCUCGCAUCAUGCUCACCAUGGCAAACAGCCGCUUCUGAGGAUUCUCUCAAUCAUUCCUGAAAUAACAGCACCACAGACUCAUGACCUUUGGAAGGAGUAUUUAUCCUACUGCAUGUACGCACAUAUCCGUCUUUUUAUUCUGUAAUGGAUGUUGUUCAUGAAUGUGAAUCUUUGAAGCUUGAGGGAAAAGAAUGUGAACAUGAAGGUUAUGCUGUUAUUCAGGCAGUAUAAGACAAUCAUAAAACCACUCACUGUGAAGGUUGCUAUCUGUUGCAAGAGGUUUUUAUAAGCUCACUGUAUUUUAAAAAAAAUGUAAUCAUUUUGCAUGCUCUGCAGUUAUUUUCACACUUUUUACAUUUGCAUUGUGGUUAUAAAAGGACGCACACUACUAUUUGCAUAACCUAUAUUUAGCUCACUACUAAUAUUACCAUUACCAUGACACUACUAUUCUGUUUUUUCAUUUAUAUAAUAAAAAUUAAAUGAAAAAAAGA